CCAGUACUCCAGCACUCCCCAGUACUCCAGUACUCCUCAGUACUCCAGUACUCUCCACGCCAGGACCCACGUCAGAUAACGAAACAGAGUGGAUGUGUCAGUUCUGCACCUAUGUGAACGCUCAGCCUGUAGUGGUUUGUGAGAUGUGCAACUUGCCGUGUAAAGAUCCUGCGGUCACCAGCCUCAAGUCCCUCCCCCUACAGUCUCCAAUCAAAGACUUAGCCUCACCUUCUUCUACGCCCCAACUCCSUCCCCAGAUCCCUCCCAGGGUGAACAUCCACAUCAAGAGACAGAACCUGAUGAGGGAUGAAGGGCUGAAACUUGUCCAUCAAUUACGAGAGGGAGAGAAAAAUGGAGUGGGCCCAGAGGAGGUCUACGCAGCCCUUUGCGUUUCCGGGGGAAGCAACGUCAACCCCUGUGAUUGGCUGAAAUCAGAGCUGCCCCACCUCCUGGAUGAGAUCUGUGCCAUGGCGGCUUCAGCUGCUUUGCAGAACUARAAAGCAGAGGUUUCUGGGCCGCAGGAUACCACCGAGCGGGAUGGAGGUUCGACAGAGCAGCAGAGUCCCAGUGUGCUGCUGGGUGAGGGGGUGCGGCUGUCCAGGGUUGAGGCCAAGCAGGCAUGGCUGGCAGCAGGAGGCGACACAGAGAGCAGUCCGUCAGCUGCUCAGAGACAGACAGGUCAAGAUGCGCGAGCUGCGUUCUCUGGGUUUCCGGGAGGCGUCCCAGUGUGAGGAGGCUCUGCGUCUGAGUGGAGGAGAGGUGCAGGGGGCUCUGUCCGUGCUGCAGCGGCCCCUCCUGGAGCCCUUCCACCAGCGCAUCUGGAGCGACCAGCCAGAGGCCCCUAUCGAUGCCAAGAGCCCCGACAAACAGCGGAUGUGCAGGCGCCUGCUGGCGUUGUACGAGCUGCCCAGCUGGGGGCGCUGUGAGCUGGCCCUGUCUCUACUCCAGGAGCCUGAUGCCCAGUACUCCCUGGAGGACGUCAUCCAGGCCGUCAGAGAGUCCCAGGACAGGGAGUUCCUCCGCCGCCUCCUCAACAACGAGUGCCCCUGCUGCCUCAGCAUCUUCCCCCACAGCAAGAUGCAGUCCCUGACCUCGUGUCAGUGCUCGGUGUGCCACGYGUGUUUCACGCAGCACUUCACCAUCGCUGUAAGAGACAAACACAUCAGAGACAUGGUGUGUCCUGUGUGUGCAGGACCAGACAUCAACGACCCCGAGCACCUGGACAGCUACUUCUCUACCCUGGACAUCCAGGUACAUARUAGAGAAAGAAAGAUUUAGAGAUAUAAGGGACGA